AAAUAACUGCCAUCAUCUCAUCCUUAAUUUGUACAUUAAGGAGAGUAAGGGGCAAAGAGAAAUCUCUUUAGCUUUCAAAAUCUUUGGCUCUGUAUUACUCUCCUUUGUACAUAUAUGUUUUAGAUACUAUAUAUAUAUUUAGUUUCUAUAGGGUGCAUUACCAGGUGAUUGUGUAGAUAAAGUACCCCUAAUACCUUAGAAAUUAAUAAAAGAAAAAUUAUAUCAGAACUUUUAUUUUAUUUUUUUGGGCAUCUUGUUACAGUUUGAAGAAGCAAGGAAAAAAAAUACAGCAAAAAUGGCCGAACAACUUUACAAAUCAAAGAUCACUCCUUAUGUCUUCGGUUCUUGGAUCAUGGCCGCCUUUGGAGGCCUUAUGUUUGGUUACGACAUUGGUAUUUCUGGUGGUGUGACUGGCAUGGAUGAUUUCUUGUUAUAUUUCUUCCCAAGAAUUUAUGAGAGGAAAAUGCAUGCAAGUGAAAACAACUACUGUAAAUAUGAUGAUCAAAUCCUUCAGCUCUUCACAUCAUCCUUGUAUUUGGCUGCCCUUGUUUCAAGCUUUUUUGCAUCAAAGGCAUGCUCAGUCCUUGGACGCAAGCCAACCAUUCUUUUGGCUUCCACCUUCUUCAUGGCUGGUGCUUCUUUGAGUGCUGCUGCUCAAGCUGGUUGGAUGCUCAUUUUGGGUAGAAUCCUCUUCGGUAUUGGAGUUGGUUUUGGAAAUGAGGCUGUACCAUUGUUUUUGACAGAAAUUGCACCAGUCCAUCUUAGGGGUGCAGUCAACAUCCUCUUCCAACUCUUUGUCACCAUUGGUAUCUUCAUAGCUAACCUAGUUAACUAUGGAACAUCCUUUCUCCAUCCAUCUGGAUGGAGAGUUUCCCUCGGGCUGGCCGGCAUUCCCGGAUUCAUGCUCUUCAUUGGAUCCCUCAUCAUCACAGAAUCACCAACCAGUCUUGUUGAACGCAACAAAAAGGAAGAGGGAAAGUUGGCCCUAAAGAAGAUCAGGGGGGUGGAUGACGUGGAAGCCGAAUACAACGAGAUCUUGCUUGCCUGCGAGAUUGCUAGCCAAAUCAAGCACCCAUUCAAGAACUUGAUGAAGAAACAAAGCAUGCCCCCAUUGAUCAUUGCUGUCCUUCUCCAAGUUUUCCAACAAAUGACUGGAAUCAAUGCCAUUAUGUUCUAUGCCCCUGUGCUUUUCCAGACAUUGGGAUUCAAGAGUGAUGCUUCUCUCUUGUCUUCUGUCAUUACCGGACUUGUCAACGUUGGAAGUACCUUUGUCGGUGUCUUUGGUGUUGAUAAAUUCGGUAGGAGGAAAUUGCUUCUCCAAGCUUGUGUUCAGAUGUUGAUCUCUCAGGUUGCGACGGGUUCCAUCUUAUUAAACCACCUGAAAUUGACGGGAUCACUGGACAAGAACCUUGCCGCCGUGGUGGUGUUCUUCGUCUGCUUCUUCGUGAUGGCGUUCGCGUGGUCGUGGGGCCCACUGGGCUGGUUGAUCCCGAGCGAGACGUUCCCGUUGGAGACCAGAACCGCCGGCUACGCCUUCGCCGUCAGCUCCAACAUGCUUUUCACCUUCAUCAUUGCUCAGGCUUUCUUGUCAAUGAUGUGCCACCUCCAAGCCUACAUCUUCUUCUUCUUCUCCGCGUGGAUCGUCGUCAUGGGUCUUUUCGUCAUCUUCCUCUUGCCGGAAACCAAAGGAAUCCCGAUCGAACACAUGGUGGAUAGAGUCUGGAAGCAACAUCCAGUGUGGAAGAAGUUCUUCGAUGAUGAUGAACCAAAGGACCACGAGAUGGCUUAAUUUAAUUAAUUUCUCAUUUUUCAUCUUAUAUUAUUAUAUAUAAUAAUAUAUUUUAGUGAUAUUGUGAAAGUGGAAAAUCAAAAAGAAGAAGAAAAUUUUUAAGGGGAAAGGGAAAAAAAAUUUAAAAAAAAAGACUGACUUUAAAGUUGUUGAUGAGAUGAACGAAGUUAUAUCAGAUGUGUUUUAUUUUCUUAUAUUAAUAAUUAAUCUCUCCUUUUUUUUUCUUCUUCUUUUUUGCGUGUGCUAUCUGAGUGAAUUUUGGUUCUUUCAUCCAUCUAUCUAAUACUACAUUUUUGUAUCUUGAAAUUAUAUUAUCAAAGAAAAAAAAGGCCUUUUUCUUCCAUUGAUUUAAAGUUUGUGCUAGCUCUUACUAUUGUUUUC